AUGGAUGGUCACCACUCGGGGAAUCACGAUGGUUACGGAAAUCAUCACGGUGGAGUAGCGGAGAACGUCUUCCCUUGGAUUUGUUGGCAACUAUGGCUGUCAGGAAAUCAGUUGCUUUUCGAGAACAGAGAUAUCUCCCCAGCGGAAACCAUUCUUCGUAGCAUCUCCUCAGCCCGAGAAUGGAUCACUGCACAAGGAACAAACGCGAUCACUACUAAGGUCGGAUUGCUCCCAGCGGAGAUAGAUCAUCCACCGAUAGGAAACCGACAACUCACCAGAAGCUUUACGGACGCCGCAUGGAACAAAGAUACCCUCACAACAGGGCUUUGGAUGGAUCUUCUCCGAUCAAUCAGGACAGAUAGGAAGGGACUCAGAGUUUCAGGGAGUUUGUCAGCUCUCCUCUGA